UGCGCGAGUUGCUUGGGCCCCGGAGGGGGCGGGCCGGCGGCCCCCGCGCAUGCGCGGUGCGUGCGCAGUGCCGUCGCGGGUGGCAGUCAUGGCGGCUCGGUGCGUGAGGCUGGUGCGGCGCAGCCUGCCGGCUUUGGCGUUCUCUCUUAGGCCCACGCCUCGGCUGCUGUGCACAGCUGCAAAGCAGAAGAACAAUGGCCAGAACCUGGAAGAGGACGUGGGUCAGACGGACCAGAAGACGGACGCGCCCUGUGCAGAGAAGACGCUCACGGAGGAGAAGGCCAAGCUAGAGGAGCAGCUGAAGGACACGAUGGAAAAAUAUAAGCGAGCUUUGGCAGAUACCGAGAACUUGCGGCAGAGGACCCAAAAAUUGGUGGAGGAGGCAAAAUUAUACGGCAUCCAGGGCUUCUGCAAGGACUUGCUGGAGGUCGCAGACAUCCUGGAGAAGGCCACGCAGAGCGUUCCCAAGGAGGAGGUCACAGAGGACAACCCGCACCUGAAGAACCUCUAUGAGGGGCUGGUCAUGACCGAGGUCCAGAUCCAGAAGGUGUUCACCAAGCACGGCCUGCUCCGGCUGGACCCCCUGGGCGCCAAGUUCGACCCCUAUGAGCACGAGGCCUUGUUCCACACGCCGGUGGAGGGCAGGGAGCCGGGCACGGUGGCGCUGGUGAACAAAGUGGGCUACAAGCUGCACGGGCGCACCCUGCGGCCCGCCCUGGUCGGGGUAGUGAAGGAAGCCUAGCUUCCCCCAGGCUCGGUGGGUUGUGGGUAAUCACUGGCUGUAACUCCUAAGGGCUGGUUCGUCUGUGAAUACUCCAAACCUUGUUGGAAAGCUUUAGUAACCAGCGGCUAACCAGGAAAUAGGGCCCAUUGCUCAGCUGUUACUGGACUCUAAUUUGGGAGCCUGUUUAUUGAUUUUCAAUACACGUUUGAUAGUUCACAUGCUUACAGAGCAGGACACCACUGGGCCCUCGGGUAUCGUGAAUAAUGCUACAUCUGCUCAGUCUGAUGACACCAAAGGAUUUAAAACGAAUAAAAGGUCUCCGGGAAUUGUGCUGUUGGGUAGCGGGCCACGCCGCCUGCCCUGUGCGCCUUCUGCUUCUCACUGUCCGUGCGUGUCAGCAGGUCUCAGCCCUCUGCACCUCAUUCAGGCAGGAAAGGCAGCUUACCUUGGUUCUUGCUCAGAAAACUUACGUGUUUGGUGGAGGACAUUGUGAGUCCACCUGUAAUCGCCAUCCAGCUGCUCCGUGACCGACUUCUGGCUUUUCUUUGGAGGCACCUUAACAGUUCUCCCUGCUCCCCCAGAAUAAGACGGAUUUGACGACAUCACUUACUCUUGUCCUAUUUUGUUCAAGUACGUGCAGAAAUGUUUCUCUCAUACUCAGCUAGGUACUAGUGACCUGAAGGUAUGUCCCUAGUAAGAUGGUCUUUCUCAAAACCUGAGGGCUGCAUGCUUGGUAAAUUUUAAAUGUCAUUUAGUUUUUAAAUUUUAUUUGAGGAUUAAAGCCCGAUGUUUAUUUUCCUA